CCAUAAUCAAAUUAACAAACUUUCUCCCACACCACUGCACUCUCUCCCACUCCUAAACCACCGCUUUUUUUUGUUGAACUAGAAUGGUGACCGUGGAAGAGAUCCGCCGUGCCCAGCGCGCCGAGGGGCCCGCCACCGUGCUCGCCAUCGGAACCGCCACCCCUCCCAAUUGCGUCGAUCAGAGCACCUAUCCGGAUUACUACUUCCGCAUCACCAACAGCGAGCAUAUGACCGACCUCAAAGAGAAGUUCAAGCGCAUGUGCGAGAAGUCGAUGAUCAAGACGCGGUACAUGCACCUGACGGAGGAGUACCUGAAAGAAAACCCGAACGUGACCGCGUACAUGGCGCCGUCCCUGGACGCGCGUCAGGACAUCGUGGUGGUCGAGGUCCCGAAGCUAGGCAAGGAAGCCGCCCAGAAGGCCAUCAAGGAGUGGGGCCAGCCCAAAUCCAAAAUCACCCACGUCGUCUUCUGCACCACCAGCGGCGUCGACAUGCCCGGCGCCGACUACCAGCUCACCAAGCUCCUCGGCCUCCGCCCCUCCGUCAAGCGCUUCAUGAUGUACCAGCAGGGCUGCUUCGCCGGCGGCACCGUCCUCCGCAUGGCCAAGGACCUCGCCGAGAACAACGCCGGCGCCAGAGUCCUCGUCGUCUGCUCCGAGAUCACCGCCGUCACCUUCCGCGGCCCCAGCGACGCCCACCUCGACAGCCUCGUCGGCCAGGCCCUCUUCGGCGACGGCGCCGCCGCCGUCAUCGUCGGCUCCGACCCCAUCGUCGGCGUCGAGCGCCCCCUAUUCGAGCUGGUCUCCGCCGCCCAGACCAUCCUCCCCAACAGCGAGGGGGCCAUAGACGGCCACCUCCGCGAAGUAGGCCUAACAUUCCACCUACUCAAAGACGUCCCAGGGCUCAUCUCGAAAAACAUCGAGAAGAGCCUCAAGGAGGCCUUCGCGCCCAUAGGGAUAUCGGACUGGAAUUCGAUUUUCUGGAUAGCGCAUCCCGGUGGGCCCGCGAUUCUGGACCAGGUGGAGGAGAAGCUGGAGCUGAAGCCGGAGAAGAUGAGGGCGACGAGGAGCGUGCUUAGCGACUACGGGAACAUGUCGAGCGCGUGCGUGCUUUUCAUAUUGGACGAGAUGAGGAAGGCCUCCGCCAAGGAGGGGCUGAGCACGACCGGGGAAGGGCUUGAGUGGGGGGUGCUCUUCGGGUUUGGGCCGGGCCUCACGGUCGAGACGGUCGUGCUGCACAGCGUCAACAUUAAUUAAUUCAAGUGUGGGGAUAUGCUAGCUAAUCUAUUCCUACUACAACUAUUCUGCUUUCAUUUAUUUUUAUUAAUUGCUCAAGAUAAAAUGGUAUGUCAUGUGUGGUUUCUCAUAAUAUAAGUUAAGUUGGUGUGGUAAUAUAUAUGCUUUUCUUUGUUA